AUGGCCGAUAUCAGUGUGGCUAACGCUGAGCUCCUCGGCUUAUGGUUGCAGCUACUGAUGACAGCUGUCAUGGUCUAUCGUACCUUCAUAGUGUGGAACCAGAACCUUCUCGUCAUCACGAUACCCUUCAUGCUUUUCCUUUCGAGUAUCGCGGCCGUGUACUGCCUCUAUUUGCUUGUCCUGAUCAUCACAGACAGUGUCGGGACGAACAUAUUUUUUACUUUCUUUGAUAUUUCUCCGCCUCUAGUGGCGCUUGUUUUCUCCGUGCUGAUAGUGGGCGCUCAGAAGACUCAUAAGUCAGGCUCUUCACUUUCGGGAACGCUCAGCGGGAUUCGCUUUGGUGGACAGUCUUCUAGAGGACAGCAGCGAUCGUCUAUUCCUGGUGUUGAGGUCAGGCUCGAGCAUAUCAUCCGCUCUGAGACUGAUGGUCACCCUGCCGUGGAUGCCCUCGAAACUAUUGGUACAUAUGACUCCGAGAACAAGGGAGAGAGCUUAGUACACGUUGUUUAG